AACUGCCAGCCGAGAUCACAGUCUCUACGGCUGAGGCAGAGGAGGGAAGGACUGAAAGGAAGAGAGACAGGUUAGAGGGAAGAAGAGGCUUGGUAAGGAAAUAGAGGAAAAGCAACUGCUCAUCACACUUACAGAGAGGCAAACGGCGGUGGAGAUGAGGACAGAGAGAGACAAGACUAUGAAAGCCAAAAAUCACAAAUAGAACGAAAGAGAAAAAAAUGCCAAGAAGAACAUCCACCCGGAGAAAUGAAGAGAAUGAAAGUUUUAUGCUGCAGAGCCAUUCUGGGCUUUUCCGGCACAAAAUUCUCUAGCUGUUUUUAAGCUCUUUUGCAUUUGCCAGCCCAUUUGCCAGCCGUUGACAUUAAGAGGCAUGUUCAGCGGUGCCAACAGCAUCUCCUCUUCCUUCUCCUCUUCCUCUUCAUCUUCCUCCUCCUCCUUCUCCUUCUUUUCCUCCUCCUUCUCCUCCCAUCAGCAAGAAGACAAACCGAGGACAGUCUUUAAAUAUCGAAAUUUCCUCCUUGGGAUUUGCCAGCGCCGCGUUGCGCCAAGACUGUCGGAAUAAAGGAGGCUGACUAUUGUAUUAUUAUUUUAUUAAUUGGUCAUUGGGAAGAUUACUGAUGAGGAAAAGGGACGCCCGUCACCCUUCCUGCACUAAGAUUGAAAAAUGAGGCUGAAUUGGGGGAAACCCUAAAAUGAAGCGAAAGGAAUAAGAUUGUUAAGGACAGAAAGCCACAGGAGACCCCCACAUAGCGCACUUUUAUUUUUAUUUUUUAUUUGAGAUUUCUUUUUUUCGUGGUGGUGGGGGAAGUGAUUGGGUGGCUGACUGGCUGCGGGAAGCUGCUUCCUUUCCCUUUGGAGAUGAUUGUGCUAUUAUUCUUUGCCUUGCUCUGGAUGGUGGAAGGAGUCUUUUCCCAGCUUCACUACACGGUGCAGGAGGAGCAGGAACAUGGCACUUUUGUGGGGAAUAUCGCUGAAGAUCUGGGCUUGGACAUUACAAAACUUUCGGCUCGCGGCUUUCAAACGGCGCCCAACUCUCGGACCCCUUACUUGGACCUCAACCUGGAGACCGGGGUGCUGUACGUGAACGAAAAGAUAGACCGCGAGCAAAUCUGCAAGCAGAGCCCCUCCUGCGUCCUGCACCUGGAAGUCUUCCUGGAGAACCCCCUGGAGCUAUUCCGGGUGGAGAUCGAGGUGCUGGACAUCAAUGACAACCCCCCCUCCUUCCCGGAGCCGGACCUGACCGUGGAGAUCUCUGAGAGCGCCACGCCGGGCACCCGCUUCCCCUUGGAGAGCGCAUUCGACCCAGACGUGGGCACCAACUCCUUGCGCGACUACGAGAUCACCCCCAACAGCUAUUUCUCCCUGGACGUGCAGACCCAGGGGGAUGGCAACCGAUUCGCCGAGCUGGUGCUGGAGAAGCCGCUGGACCGAGAGCAGCAAGCGGUGCACCGCUACGUGCUGACCGCGGUGGACGGGGGAGGAGGGGGAGGAGGAGAAGGAGGCGGCGGCGGUGGGGGAGGGGGCCUGCUCCCCCAGCAGCAGCGCACCGGCACGGCCCUACUCACCAUCCGAGUGCUGGACUCCAACGACAAUGUGCCCGCCUUCGACCAACCCGUCUACACUGUGUCCCUGCCAGAGAACUCGCCGCCGGGCACGCUAGUGAUCCAGCUUAACGCCACAGACCCAGAUGAGGGCCAGAAUGGCGAGGUCGUGUACUCCUUCAGCAGCCACAUUUCGCCCCGGGCGCGGGAGCUCUUCGGACUCUCCCCUCGCACUGGACGGCUAGAGGUGAGCGGCGAGCUGGACUACGAAGAGAGCCCAGUGUACCAAGUGUACGUACAAGCCAAGGACCUGGGCCCCAACGCCGUGCCCGCGCACUGCAAGGUGAUCGUGAGAGUGCUGGAUGCUAACGACAACGCGCCUGAGAUCAGCUUCAGCACCGUGAAGGAGGCGGUGAGCGAGGGCGCGGCGCCCGGCACAGUGGUGGCCUUGUUCAGCGUGACCGACCGCGACUCAGAAGAGAAUGGGCAGGUGCAGUGCGAGCUGCUGGGGGAUGUGCCGUUCCGCCUCAAGUCUUCCUUCAAAAACUACUAUACCAUUGUGACCGAGGCUCCUCUGGACCGAGAGGCGGGAGACUCCUACACCCUGACCGUGGUGGCUCGGGACCGGGGAGAGCCUGCGCUCUCCACCAGUAAGUCGAUCCAGGUGCAAGUGUCAGAUGUGAACGACAACGCACCGCGGUUCAGCCAGCCGGUCUACGACGUGUAUGUGACCGAGAACAACGUGCCGGGCGCCUAUAUCUACGCGGUGAGCGCCACAGACCGUGAUGAGGGCGCCAACGCCCAGCUAGCCUACUCUAUCCUCGAGUGCCAGAUCCAGGGCAUGAGCGUCUUCACUUACGUGUCCAUCAACUCAGAGAACGGCUACUUGUACGCCCUGCGCUCCUUCGACUACGAACAGCUCAAGGACUUCAGCUUCCAAGUGGAAGCCCGGGACGCGGGCAGCCCCCAGGCGCUGGCUGGCAACGCCACUGUCAACAUCCUCAUCGUGGAUCAGAACGACAACGCCCCUGCCAUCGUGGCGCCCCUUCCAGGGCGCAACGGGACUCCGGCACGCGAAGUGCUGCCCCGCUCGGCGGAGCCGGGUUACCUGCUGACCCGCGUGGCCGCGGUGGACGCGGACGACGGCGAGAAUGCCCGGCUCACCUACAGCAUUGUGCGGGGCAACGAAAUGAACCUCUUCCGCAUGGACUGGCGCACGGGAGAGCUCCGCACGGCACGCCGGGUGCCGGCCAAGCGCGACCCCCAGCGGCCUUAUGAGCUGGUGAUCGAGGUGCGCGACCACGGGCAGCCUCCCCUGUCCUCCACCGCCACCCUGGUGGUGCAGCUGGUGGAUGGUGCUGUCGAGCCCCAGGGUGGGAGCGGGGGCGGUGGCGGGGGGUCAGGAGAGCACCAGCGCCCCAGCCGCUCCGGCGGCGGGGAGACCUCGCUGGACCUCACCCUCAUCCUCAUCAUCGCGCUGGGCUCGGUGUCCUUCAUCUUCCUCCUGGCCAUGAUAGUGCUUGCUGUGCGUUGCCAAAAAGAGAAGAAGCUCAACAUCUACACGUGUCUGGCCAGCGACUGCUGCCUUUGCUGCUGCUGCUGUGGCGGUGGGGGCUCGACCUGCUGCGGCCGCCAAGCCCGGGCGCGCAAGAAGAAACUCAGCAAGUCGGACAUCAUGCUGGUGCAAAGCUCCAACGUACCCAGUAACCCGGCCCAAGUGCCGGUGGAGGAGUCCGGGGGCUUUGGCUCCCAUCACCACAACCAGAAUUACUGCUACCAGGUCUGCCUGACCCCUGAGUCCGCCAAGACCGACCUGAUGUUCCUUAAGCCCUGCAGCCCUUCGCGGAGUACGGACACUGAGCACAACCCCUGCGGGGCUAUCGUCACGGGUUACACAGACCAGCAGCCCGACAUCAUCUCCAACGGAAGCAUUUUGUCCAACGAGACUAAACACCAGCGAGCAGAGCUCAGCUAUCUAGUUGACAGACCUCGCCGAGUUAACAGUUCUGCAUUCCAAGAAGCCGACAUGGUAAGCUCUAAGGACAGUGGUCAUGGAGACAGUGAACAGGGAGAUAGUGAUCAUGAUGCUACCAACCGCGGCCAGUCAGCUGGUAUGGAUCUCUUCUCCAACUGCACCGAGGAAUGUAAAGCGCUGGGCCACUCAGAUCGGUGCUGGAUGCCUUCUUUUGUCCCUUCUGACGGACGCCAGGCUGCUGAUUACCGUAGCAAUCUGCAUGUUCCUGGUAUGGACUCUGUUCCAGACACUGAGGUGUUUGAAACUCCAGAAGCCCAGCCCGGGACAGAGAGGUCCUUCUCCACCUUCGGCAAAGAGAAGGCCCUUCACAGCACUCUGGAGAGGAAGGAGCUGGAUGGACUGCUGUCUAAUACACGAGCGCCUUACAAACCACCAUAUUUGACACGGAAAAGGAUAUGCUAGUCAAUUCUACAGGACUUACCUGAAGCAGCAUGAUUUGCACAAAGUCGACCAACAAAAGCAUCAACUUUUCAACUUCAUUAUCUUGGCCAUCCAGUUAGUUGUGUGUAACUGAGUAUCAGAUUGCCGACGGAGUCAUCGUGGCCAAUUAUAGGACCCAAUUGCUCUCAGCAGGCCUGAGAAAUGAGUUGAAACGUGCAGAACUGUAGAAACUUUAGGCAACUGAUUUUGCCUCUCCGAUCAGUGUGUGCCUGUUUACAGGACUAUAUAUCUUUCUCUCUCCAAAUGUCACUGAGCCCUUUCGAUGUUUAUAUUCACCACGAGAAGCCAGUCGUAAAGAUAAAGGAAAUUUGUGCAUUAUAAAUGCAAUAUCACUGUUUUAAACUUGACUGUUUUAUAUUAUUUUUGUGUGAUCAAGUGUUCCCCAAACUAUUCCAACUUUACAAGAGAGAUUGUGAUUAUGUUCUUUUCACCUGUGGGCUAUAAAACAUGUUGUAUUCUGAAGACCCACAAAAUAUCAAAGACAUUCUGUAGUUUAUACACCGUGUUGCAAAGUGUUUACUGUACGAUUUCAAAGCUUCUAAAUAAAUAUAAAAUAUAUAUAUAUAUUAUAUUAUAUAAUUUUCCUAAAAUGUGGUACAACUCAGUUGGUUUUUAAAUGGAUUCAUACAGUCCACAUCAUACAAUAAAGUGAAAGGUAAUUCAGGGUCCCAAAGAUAAACUUACUAAGAAAAAAACAAUCAUUAACAGUUUCCUCUCAGUUUUCAUCUCUUAUUCAACCCUGUUUUUCCUUGUUUAAAAGAAAACGAAGCUCUAAGCUACAAAAUUUUGUCAAGAACUCAUACUGAAUUUUCAAUGCCAAAGAUACAGCUGUCGACGUUAUCACAGGAGCACUGAAUAUGUACUAUCAAAAUAUCUAACAAUCUACGUUGUUUCGAUUCUAUUUCUAUGGCUUUGAAUUUAGAGUCAUUUAAAGCUUUUAUAAGGAAUCUAUAAACUCACCUGUAUUUGUUGCUAGGAAAAAAAGAAACACUGGGUGUCUGUACAUUUUGUGGUGUAAAAUAUGUAACUGAAAAUUACUAUUUUAAGAAGUCCUCAAACAUGUCACUCACACAGAAUUUUAUUUUACGUAGUUUUACAUAGUUUUGUGACUUCUAAUAACUCAUGCAUAUAAAAAUCUAUAACUCUAUAUGAAUAUAUAGAGACAUAAAUAUUUGAACUGGUAAAGAAUAACUAUAAGAUAUAAAGGAUCUCUAAAUUUAAAACAAAUUAAAUAAAUUUGGAGAUAGAAACAUGGUACAUUACUGCUUCAGUAUUAUGUGUGGAAAUUUUAUAGCUUAAAUGUAGUCAGUGUCUUAUUAAGGAGAAAAUUCUUCAUGAGUCAGGCUUGAAAAGUGAAGCUUGCCCUUUUCCUUUAUGUCAACAAAGUUAAUUAUUAAAUUCAGUAAGAUGAAUUUUCCUUCCUUUUACAUAUUCUCCUUUUUGCAGACUGUUAUUUACUGCUUGUUGAAAUACAAUUUAGACAGGGAAAAAUCAGAUUGUGAGAUAAUCUUCUAAGCAAAACCCAGAUUUGUCACAGCUCUCCUCUAAAAACCCCUUCAACGUUAUAUCUAAAUGUUUGCCCAACUCAAAUUACAGGCUGAUUUUGAAAUAUUUCCCUUAAUUUUUAACUUAUGUUCAAUGAUAGUUUGAGCCAUGCUAUGUUAUUGAAGAACAGACUAAAACUUAACACAUAGCGAAUGUUUUCCACCUAAUUUUAUGCCAUUUAAGUGGGAAUAUGUUCCUAGAUUUAACAUUAAAAUGCAUACAUAUAUUCCUAGGACCUCGAUGUGUAUAUUUGAGUGAUACCUUGGUAUCACUUAUCUGACUUAUCAAAAUAGGUAUUAAUAUGUCAUUAUCCCAGUCAAUUUAUGUAUCAGCAUAUGUGUAAUGUUCCAGUCUUUUGGGGACCCUUUAAAAAUAAAUGAUGCUAAUCCGUCAUGAAUGACACAGAAAGCACAUACCUUCACUAGGUGCAGCAGUAAAAUUUUCUCAAACUUUUGGCAUUACUACAUUCGUAUUUUGAAUGAUGGACUAAUUUAGUAACGAGAUGUUUUUAUAUAAUUUAACUGGGAAAAAAGUCUAUUUGUUGCAAUUACUUUUCAAACAAGAAACUUAUUUUCUUGUUGAGUCACUCUGCUUUAAUUAAAACUUUUCACUCAUCAUUUUACAAUUAUGGGGGGAAAACCCACUUCCACCUGCCUUCUUACAUGCAUUGAAAAUAAGGUUAUACUCACUUCAUAUGUAAUAGCUAUAUUAAUUCAUUUGACUUAAAGAAAUUUGCUUAGUAAACUAGUCUUUUAUAUGAUUGUAAUUUCCAUUGAACGAGCGUCUCAUACCAUAUAUUUAUGUAUUCUUUUUUAAUAUAUUCUAGUAACCAGUUAUAUUAAUUUACAUUUUAGUUCUUAAAUAUUAUCAUCAAUCUACAAAAACAGAAAACAACAAAUAGAAUUAUUUAAAUCUAAAAUACUAAUGAUUUUAGGACAAAUAGAAUCUGUGGGACAAAGAAUUAUUUAAACAUAAAAUACUCAAUAAUUAGGUUAUUAAUCAACUAUUUUAUUGAUAAUAAAUCAGAAGUUACAACAGAGUAAGAAUAUGAUUUUAUUAAAUUGGCUAAAAUGUUAUCUACCAAUGCAGGGGCCUGUAGGAUGGAAAGAUGCAACCAAACAAUAAUGAAGUUCUACUUAGUCUACUCAUCUUAAUAGUCAACCUUCCAUAAUUUUAUGCAUAUCAAAGAAAAAUAAUAUCCAAAUUAUUAGGCAGUAUUUCAUCAGUUAAUUUUUUCAGAAAAGAAUAAUCAUGACAUUUACUCCUUGUUAAGAUGGUUAGUUUUAGAGUAGUAAAAAGUGAAAAUGUUUUCCUGUGGAAACAGUGUCUUGAUGUUUCAAAGGUAUGUCAAAUGACAAUUCUUAGAAAUAUUUCAUCCAUAUGUAAAAUUCUAAUUUUUAACUUGUGAACAAAAUUUUUUGAAAUCAAAUACUUAAAUACCACAUCAGAAUUACUUUACAGAUAUAAUGAUGUCUGUAUCAUGAUAAGUGUAUCAUCUUUCUAGAGAAAUACUAAGGAAAUAUGUACAUUUUAUUUAAUGAAGAUAUUAAAUGCAAUGCCUUUAUCAAACAUUGCAAGUUAAGUGCUACAGUAGAGGAUUUAAAUAUUUUAAUUACUUUUUCCUCCUGUUUCAUUCCCUAAUAGUGUUAUAAUUUGCUCUCAGAUCUCUUGAAUUGUAGAAACCCUCCUGUAUCUUCCGUAAAAGGAGGAAAGGAAAUCCUCACAGUUCUUGACAUCAACUUUAAUAACUGUGCAUUAAUGGUACCAUUUUACCUUCCAAAUGUUAUUUACUGGAGUAAAGUUCAUCUUUAAUAUAAUUAUUCAGUCAGAAUGUUGCAAAUGUUAAGCAGGAUAAAGAAAAUUAUUCAUGUUACUGACUGAUAAUAGCACUGUUAUUUGUCACUGCAUGUGUUUUUUUUCUCCCCUUCAUAUUUCUACAUGUGAGUUUAAUACCCAAGGAAUUCAAAAAUACUGAAAACACUGGUAGACUUGAGAUUUUUUCUGAAAAUCUUCUAUUUUUCAUAUUGCAGUUUCUUGGGUUCUUUAUCUUUUUCAAUUCUAAUUUUGUAGUGGUAAAGGCUUUGCACUUAACAUCCUUUUUAUGUUCCUUUUUAACAAGGAAAAACAGAAAAUGACAAAAUCCAUAUUUUUUAUGCCAUGGAGUAGUAAAAUUAUUUUAUAUAUUGUUAGUGUUUCAAGGAAUAGCCCUCUGCUAGGUCAAACAAAAUCCUUAUACAGUAAUUUGUGAAACUACUGUUCGGUAGAGUAUUUUUGUUUUUCCUUCUAAAACUUGGUAUAGGUUUUAGAUUAUAGCGUUCUAUAAGAAUGCCGGUAGAUGGAUGCCGCCAGAGUAUUGCAGGCAAUAAUAUGAUUAAAAUUCUAAUCCCUUUAGUGUGCAUGCAUGUAUUUCUAACCACUGCUAUUUUUUAAGUAUUUGUAAAAUUAGAAAAAUGGCUUUUAUUUCUUGAAAACUUGUCACAUGUUGAGUUUGAAGUUUUACACUCCAGAUGUUUUUGAGUUGCAUGAAAAUGUUGCAUUAAGGAUGCAAAAAAAUGAAAUUUUCACAUGAGACUCAAAAAUUUCUGAAUGAUAGAACUCAGACUUCCAAUACAACCAUACAUCCUUGAGCUGAAAGUAAGCAGGGGGUUCAGCUCUAAACACAUUUUUUUGAGACAGUUAUCUGUGAGUGAAAACAGGGUAUUAUAACAAAAGAUGAGUUUAAAUCUUAACUAUAGUGUUUGUUACUGUGAAUGCUAUAAUACUACAUAAGUAAAAUGAGUGUAAAUGUAAUAUAUUAUUUUAUACUGCUGUAUACAUAUGAACUCAAUAAACUAGGAUACAUAUUAUGCCAUUUUUCCAUGCAUGGAUCUUCCACUGACGCCUGUGGGAGCUUUGAAUAAAAAUCAGUGGCAAAAUAUGGCCCUAAGUUUAAAAACAACUAAUGCCGAUUUAGUAAUUUUAGUCUUAAUAUAACAGGUCUAAGGGGACAUCUGUUCAAAACUGAGUCUCAUUUGAAGCAACAUAUGCUAGGUUGAAAGGAUUUCACUGUAUUUAUAGUUUUGAAAGCAGGCAUUUAGUUCCAUAUGAUUCUCAUGAUACCCACAAUGAAUAUUUUAAAUAUAUAUUUUUUCCACCUGAUGUUAUAUUUUCUUUUUAAUUUUUAAGUCAUAGUAAUAGCAAGGGUCCACAAGGAUAAAUACAGAGAUUGUAUAUAGCAUUUGAGUGCCUUCAAACAGUAAAAAAAAAAAAAAUUUAUUUAAAAUUUUAAAAACAAACAGUUUCAUUUUUAAAGUUGAUGGAAACUUUAAAAAAAAAUCACAUGGGUAUCAUUUUCCAAGAAGAUAUGAAUUAAGGUAUCGACUUUUCUAUGAUGUAAAAAUAAUCUGAAGGAGUCUUACAGAAAUUUACUUUCUGAAAUAGCUAAAAGUAAUAGAAGAAAUGUAUGCUUCUUAAUCUCAUGUGUGGUUUGUAUAAUUUAUUUUCUUGAGUUCAAACUACACAUAUCUGGACAGAGUUUCAUUUUAUGAAGCAAAAGGGAGAAGAUUAGGUCUUCGAACAUUUAAUAAAGCCAACCCUAUGGUGGAAAACAAGUGAAUAAAAUAUACAGGAAUGAUAGUCCUCUUACUAGUAUCUUUUCUGAGAAUCAUAUCAUGAACUCUUCUAUUUAAACAAGAUUAUGAAUUUUCAGAGGUAAAAUUAAAUUUUAUUAAAUUACAAACAUACAUUAAGAUUUGACAAUCUUAGGACAUGGAACGUUGGAGCAUCUGCUUUCAAGAAAAUUCUAGUUUGCUUUGGGAACCAAAGACAUUAUAAGAGUAUAUUAAAUAAUAAAAUGAUCAAAUAAUUAAAUGAUCAAAAUUUGUGGUCAAAACCCAACAGUGGGUCAUGAGAGCAAUCCACUAUAUUAAGACAAUAGCUUAAAAUCAAAAGUAAGUCAAUAGAAUAGGAAAAAAGUAGAAUAGAGAAGUCUCAAAAUACAUCAUUUAUGGUAAAAGCCAAUAGUUCUUUGUGAAACAUUUUUUCAGGUACAUGUGUGAAAUAGGUCACAGUGUGAAAUGUAUUUCUUACUGUGAAUCAUUGCCCUAAAUGUUCGAAAAGCGCUGCACCAUACGAUCUCUAUUUCAAAUUUAAACUUAUUUAAUGCUGUCGAAGGACUGGGAAGAUCUUUUUGAAAAGUUACUUCACAUCUGAAUUUCAGUCUUCACCUUUGUAAAAUAUGGAGCAGUACUCUUAGUUGUAGAAUUCUUGUGAGAAUUAGGUGAACUGAUGUAUGUGAAAUGCAUAGCACAAUGCUAACACACUCUAAGUGGUAUAUUAUAUUAUUAAUAUUAUUUUCCAUUACCUUAUUCUUGGUUACCUAACGUAUGGAAUACAAUCUGAGAAUGGAAAUAACUCCUUUCUUAAAAUUCCAGACGGCUUUGGAGUUGUAUUUAAGCAGUGUUCAUUUCAAAACUUCAAGAUGAAAGUAGACUUGAUUUUGCUAUCUAGUCAUCAGCUCAGUCCAUCUUUGCCUAUUUAUUGGUGGUGUGGAGUCCAGGAAGUCAAAUCUCAGUUGCUGAGGUCCAGUCAUCUCCUUCAACUUCUUCCUGAAAAUCUCAAGUUACCCUCUAUCCCUACUAAUGAAAAAUAUAUAUGUAUGAUUGCACUAGGACAUAUUUACCUGAUUUUUUGGCCUGACUCUGAUAUGCUUUUUGAAAAUCUUUCAAUUACCAUGCAAAUAAAUGUUGGUUGGAAUUAC